AUGAUUCAACCAAUAUGUCCUAUCGGUCAAAUAUCACCACCGCCAUUCCUUCUUGCUGCUUACGGUACCAACAGCUUCUCAGCAGAUUGUGAUCCAAAACAAAUGAAAGCAAUGCGGGACUCCAUGGGAUUUGAAGAACAUCCUAAUCGUUUUGAAAUUUCUUUACUUAGAGUGAGUGAACAAGUAUAAUUAGUUUCAUAUGAAAAAGAAAAUCAAUCGGGAUUCGAGUAAACGAUUAUAAUUGUACGGAUUGAUGAUUUUCUUCAUAUUACUUAGAGGAUAAUAAAUGUCUUCGGUGUCUAUUUAUAGGUUGACGAAGUAUUUCUUCUCAUAUAAAUCUAUUUUAUUUCUUGAGAAUUAAAAAUAAUACAAUAAAUACUUUCAAUUAUCGUUCUUAGAAAAAAAAAUCUGAAAAUAUCUUUCAUCAGCUAUCACCUAUCAAUGAAUUUUUCGGAAAACAAUAUUAGUAUUCCAGUACAAUAAAAACAAUGUUCAAGCACAUGAAUUUAUUCUCAUUCUUGCUUUCCAUUGUUUAGAAAACUUCAUGUUUUUUUUGAGAUCAUCACAGCUAUUUGUAUGUUUACAAGAUGCGCCACAUUUAUGUACUAAGCUGCGCAACCGUCUUUUGUCUUCAAAAACAAUUUUAUUAAUAGGAAAAAGGUAUGCCAGCAUUAAACAUCUCAUGGAAUUGAUUGAGAACCAUUCAAAGAUCGAUCAUGGAUUAGCCAUAUCAGAUGUUUGCCCAAAGGACAAACAAAAUUAUUCAUCCUGUGAAAAGAUCACGAGCGAUGCUGUUUUUUCUUCUAUUAAAAAUGUUUCGAAUUCUCAAGCAACCCAAGCUUGUCUACAAGUACUAUUUUUUGCUUUUUCUAAGUAUGGAGUCGUUAGAUAUGAUAUAAUCGAGGUAGUUCUCUUUCAAAAUAUUAUGUAUGACAUAACGAAAAUUGUUUAAAAGUUUUCGCUACCUCAUUACUGAGUACUACUGAACGGUCAAAUUUUAUUAAUUUCAUUUUGAUAGGUCAUAAAAUGUGUCCGUUUGGCCUUUAUCGACAAAAGCACUAAUAUAAUUGAUCGUCUUUACUAUGCUUGGUGUUCAGUUUUUAUUAUACGGAUCUGGUCUGCGUGGUUACACGAGACAGCGGCUGAUGAACUUAAGGAGAGAGCUUCGAAUUUGCUCUCAAGUGACGCUGGUAGAAUUAUUCCAAACAAGAACUUCUUUAUCAUAGUACCUGCUCUUUUCUCACUCGAACUGAAUGCACAUAGCUUGACGUAUCUGAUUGUUCUGUGAGCUGAACAGAAAAUUACUGAAGAAGCAUUAAUUGUUUUUAUGUAAUUCACAAGUAUGCGAAAGUACUUUUCGUGCAGCUCGUUCGAUGUCCGGUCCAUUUUCAUCUGUGGUGAACUUUACUGUUCACGAGUUUCUGCAGCGUGUCGAGAAACUCGCUGUUCUUCAAAGUGUCAAGUGUUCGCCAGAAUCCAAGAACAAUAAUAUUAGAUUUCCCAAACAUCACAAACAAUCUAAACAAUAUUUUCAAGUACACUCAACGUCUACAAUAUCAACUACAAUUACAGAACAAUUGAUUGAAGAAACAGUUUUUAAUGCUUACAUUAAAGCUAGUCAGAUUCUAUCUCAAUGUAAACUUUCUAUUGUUAAUCCUCAUGAUAUGAUGCAAUCUUUUGAAGAAAUGAAUAAUUUAGCAUACAAAAGAUUAUCAAGAUCAAUAUGUACAACUUCCAAUAAAAAUUCUUCUGAAUCAUAUGAUUACGAAGACGACAAUGAGGGCGAUGGUGAAGAUCAGGAUGCAGAUGAAGAGGAAAACG